AUGAAGACCAACAAGACACUCAAGGACAAGUCCAGCUGCUCCAAGCCCUACCUUAGGGAGGGCAACGCUGUGCACAGCUUGCAAUAUGCACUGUCUUUCCUCCUACAUGCUGAUGAAAAAUGGUUCUUUUUUACGACCGUCAAGAAGCGCGUUUACGUAUACGAAGAUGAAGGAGUUGCCUUGCGCGCAUUGAAGUCCAAGCGCUUCAUUACGAAGGGCAGCAUGUUCAACGGGAAGAUCGGCAUUUGGCGCGUCGUCGAGAACGUCGUUGCCAAGCGAAACAGCCGCAGCCACCCCAAGGGAACUGUUUUGUUGGCCCCACAAUCUGUGACGGCAGCAGUGUACCGCGCGAUGAUUUUGGACAAGUCGUCGGUACUCCUCGAGGCCAUGGAAAUGGUCAAAACCAAGCGAAUGUCGAGCAGGAUAGCAGCAAAGCACUACGGCAUUGGCCGUAUGAUGUUGCAGCGCUGUUUGAAGAACCACGUGCGGCGCGAGCAAGCGUAG